GAGUUGUAGGGAGGAACCCUACGUAGCGCUCUACGUAGCGCUCUACGUACCGCCCAGCGGAGGAUUUGUGACCAGGCCCAGGAAAGAGGCAGGCGGAUGAUAUGGCAGCUUUAUGAGCGUCCAGGUGGAACUCGCUUUGUGUUGAAUUCGCUUUUAACAGCGACAACAUGACGUCGAUUUAACGAGGCGGCGAUAUUAAUUUUUAAAUAAAGAAUAAUAAUAAUAAUAAUAAUUAAAAAAAUGAUUUACUUGAUCUUAAUUUCGGCGUUUACCGGGGCGGUGGUGACGCUGCUGCUACAGCUCGCGCUGCUGUACCGGAGGAACCCGGAGCCCGUAGCGGGGACGGUGCAAUACGUCAAAGCGGUGCCUGAUCCGGCGCUGAAGGACUACUUUACAAAUCCGCAGCAACCGGACGCGUCCAAACAGCCGAUAGACGGUGCGUGUGGAGUGCCUCCUGUUCCUCCUCAUCCUCCUUCUCCACCGCUGCAGGAUGAACCGGAGACGUGCGGCUUCCUGAACGCGAUCUUCCUGUUCCUGUUCCGCGAGCUGCGCGACACGCCGCUGGUCCGCCACUGGGUCACCAAGAAGAUCCGCGUGGAGUUCGAGGAGCUGCUGCAGACUAAGACUGCGGGCCGCCUGCUGGAAGGGCUGAGUCUGCGCGACGUGUCGCUGGGAGACUCCGUUCCCGUGUUCAAGACGGCGCGUCUCGUCCGACCCGUGCCACUGGACGACGGCGGCAUGCCCGAGGAGCUCAGCUUCGAGGUGGACCUGGAGUACGCAGGCGGCUUCCACCUGGCCGUCGACGUGGACCUGCUGUUCGGCAAGUCCGCCUACCUGUUCGUCAAGAUGCGGCGUGUGGCCGGGCGCCUGCGCCUGCGCUUCAGCCGGCUGCCCUUCACGCACUGGUCGUUCGCCUUCGUGGAAGACCCGCUGGUCGACUUUGAAGUGAAGUCGCAGUUUGAGGGCCGCCCGCUGCCCCAGCUCACCUCCAUCAUCGUCAACCAGCUCAAAAGGGUCAUCAAGAAGAAGCACACCUUACCCAACUACAAGAUAAGGUACAAGCCGUUCUUUCCGUUCCAAGUGCAGCCGACGCCAGAGCCAGACAUGUCGGUCCAGGACGAGAGAUUGAUGGAGGGACGCCUCCGCGUGACACUGGUUGAAUGUAGCAGGUUGUUUAUCUUGGGCUCGUACGACCGGGAGACGUACGUCCACUGCACUGUUGAGCUCAGCAGCCAUGAAUGGAGGGAAAAACCACGCAGCUCCAUCAAAAGAACCGAGGUCAUUAAGGGUCCGAAUGGCAGCGUGGGAAUGACGUUCCGACAUGUCCCAGCAACAGAAGUUGAUGUGGUGCAUGUAAGCAUCGAGACGGUGACUCCCAACUCCCCCGCUGCCCAGGCUGACCUGCAGAAAGGAGAUCGCUUAAUUGCGAUCGGAGGAGUCAAAGUGACAUCAUCUGUCCAAGUGCCAAAGCUGCUAAAACAAGCUGGAGAUCGAGUGGUUGUGCUGUACGAGAGACCAGUCAGACACCAGGUGCCUACCAUCGGCUUGGGACCCCUCCAGGACACCCUGGGUCCCCUGGAAGAACCUGCAUACCCUGUGGCUGGGGGUUAUGAGGAGGAUCCAGCCCACAUUACCACCAUGGACAUAACUGAUGGCAAAGAUAAUGACUCAGAGUUUGAAGAACUGAUAGUGGAGUCCAAAUCAGCUGGAGCUCCAGUCAUUGCAGAAGCUAAAGAGGAUACUUUGCUCUCUGUAAACCAAAGCCCUAAAAAAACUGUGGCCAAUCUGGCCUCCAAGCCCCUGGGUACCAUCUCGCCAAUUCUCAAUCGCAAGCUCAACUUGACUGGCCUUCAAUCGCCACUCAAACCCCAACCUAAAGAGUCACCAAAGCAGUCAUUGCUCAAAAGUACAGAAUCAUCUGAGCCACCACAGAGGCCAACAGUGCCACCGCCUCCUCCACCUGUGCGCCCGCCUGUCCCUCCUAGGCCCCAUAUAAAAGUGACAUCCCCUUCCACAUCCUGUGAAUCCCAAAACAUGGAAGGCAGUGACUCUGUAGUGGAGAAAACCCCAGAAAAAUCUCUUCCAGCUGCAAGCAAUGGCGAAAAACCUACAUCUGAAAGAAGUCCGACAAAAACUCCUGAACCAAAGCCUGUAAACAAACCUGUAGAGUCCACUGAUGAACUCCCAACAAACCCCAUCACCAGUAAGCAAGAUUUGAUCAAAGACAAAAUCGUUGAGAGUGCCUCUAGCCUAAAAGACAGUAUGGAUGAGCAGAGUCUCUGGGAGUCAUCUGAGGCUCUGUUCCGCAAUAGAUAUGGGCACUGGAACAAGUCCUCGGUAGUCUUUGAUGUGGAAAGCAACCAUAAAUACCUUAACGUAGCACUCUGGUGCAAGGAUCCCUUUAAGCUCGGCAGUCUCUUAUGCUUGGGCCAUGUUAGCUUGCAUUUGGAGCAUUUAGCCCUGGAAUGCUUGUGUAUUUCAUCGGCAGAAUACCAGAGCACCUUCCGCUUGUGUGCCCCAGAACCGAGGGCCAGCGUCAGCCGUACUGCACUUCGUAAUCUUAGCACGCACAAGGGCUUCAAUGAGAAGCUGUGCUACGGAGACAUCACUUUAAACUUCACCUACCUGGGAGAGGGAGACUCAGACCUGUCCAGUGCAGUUAUUGAGAGGGAGGGGAGUUUACAAGAAGAAGAGCUAAAGGAACGUGAGCGAGAAAGGGACCAUAUGCCGGCAUUAACCCGGGAUUAUCUCAAUUACAGCUCCAUGCAGCUUGAGGUUCGGCACAACUUUCAGGACACACAGUUUCAGAAUCCCACCUGGUGCGACUACUGCAAAAAGAAGGUUUGGACCAAGGCUGCAUCACAGUGCAUCAUCUGUGCCUACGUCUGCCACAAGAAGUGCCAGGAGAAGUGUCUUGCUGAGCAUCCUUUCUGUUUGUCGAUUGCCGAACGGCGAAGCGCAGACUCUGAAGCAAAGUCCACUAUCAACCGGGCAACCACUGGUCUUACACGGCACAUCAUCAACACCAGCUCACGUCUACUCAACCUGAGGCAGGCUUCCAAAGCCAGACUAGCAGAACAGGCAGCAGAUGUUGGUCCCGGAGUGGUAGAACCUUCCCCAAAACACACACCCAACACCUCAGACAAUGAGAGCAGUGACACCGAGACGUACACAGGGGCUAGUCCUUCAAAACAACCACCGACCGGUGGUGGCACAAAGUUGGCACGCAAAGAGGGAGGGUUGGAUGACAGCGUGUUUAUUGCAGUCAAGGAGAUCGGGCGAGACCUGUACCGUGGCCUCCCUACAGAUGAGCGAUCGCAAAAGCUGGAACUGAUGCUGGAUAAGCUCCAGCAGGAGAUUGACCAAGAGCUGGAGCACAACAACUCACUGAUGUCAGAAGAGAGGGAAUCAACUGAUGCACGUCGCAAAGCCCUGAUCACUUCAGCUCUUGUCAAGUCAGGUGAACGGCUUCAGGCUUUGACUCUGCUAAUGAUCCACUACCGUGCCGGCAUAGAGGACCUAGAGUCCUUGGAGGGGACCUCGCCGUCCGAACAGCACGGCUUUCCAAAGUCAAAAUUGGAGGUUCUGGAGGAGGACCUGAUUGGUGCCGAAGUGUACGACAGUGACGUUUGUAGCCCAGAGGAUGUACAGAGUCUAAAUGACAUUAGUGAGGAACAGAUCUGUGUGGAAGCAUUACCACGUUAGAGAACAGAAGUGCAAAACGAGUGGGGUUUCUGCGGACUGUAUCGGACUGUUUGGCACUGGGAUUGGUUAUGAAUGUGGGGCUGGCAAACUAAGUUAUUUUACGAGAUACCCAGAAGUGUAUGAAAAUUCUCUCAUUUUUUUGUGUGAGGUUGUUCCCGCUUACGUCUUUUUCUUAGCCUAUCCCAACUUUGGUCCCGAUCCAGUCAAUGCAAUGUUUCAAAUAUCAAACUUUUAGAUCAGUAUUGGACGUUAUACGUAUUGUUGUAGAUCAGACCAAGCUUUCCUGCCUUGGCUGAAACGGGAUGCUCCACUUUGUGUAGUAAUAAAACACGAUAGGCUCCAAGGGGAGACUCCAUUUUGUAGCAUCAGUGUUACUGGUAAUAUUUAAAAUUAAAGAAUUCCAGGAUGACCUGCUUUCUUGUGAGCUUUGCACCUUUUUGCUUUUGACCGUCUGCUCCUAACCAGUAGGAUUUAAUCAUGUACUAGAAUGUAAACCUUAAUACUGGUUCCAUGUGGAGCUCUACCCCCGUGUUGUGUAUUUUCUUUCUCCAAUUUUCAUGUCCUCUAAAUGUGAGCACUUUUUACUGUAUUAAUUUUUUUUUUUUUUUUUGAAUUAUUCUAAAUAUGUCUAUCUGUGCUAAAUUACAAGGGAUUAUUAUAGGUAAUUAUGCCUUUUUUGGGGACCAUGGUUUUUUCUUUUUCUUUUCUUUUUUUUCCCAGUUAUGUUGAAUAGUAAUGCCAAGCAAAUGUGACAAAUCACUACUGUUUUAUUUCAUGUUGUGAUGGAUGUCGUGCUAUAAGUAAUAAUAUAUUUUGAUGAAGUAUUUUUUUUUUCUUUGUGUCUUUUCAGGAUGUCCCUACAAUAGUUGGUUUGCACCUUCAAAAAUAUCAACAUGAUGGUAGACUUUUUCCACAAAAAGGCAUUUGAUACCAACCAGAUGAUACGAUCUGGAGUUUGUCAUUUGGUUUCAUUUGAAAGCGUAGCAAUUUUUUCAUUUACAAAUUCAAGGCUUAAUUUCCUUCAGACCUGUCUGGUAUUUUGCUAAUUGGGCCGGCAUGCUCAGUUGGUGAGCCUCCAAUUUUUUCAUUUUGCUUUUUGAAGUUGAUUUCUUCUUCUUCUUAAUUAUCGUUAUUAUUAUUUUAUACCAAUGAAUGUAUUUCCAAAAGAACUGUAGAAAAUCUUUGCAGUCCAUUUGAAGCAUUGAAGACGUUGGUCUUCAAUUCAAUAGUAGUAGACUAAGGAUUCAGAAAAAAAACAAAACAAAAAACACAAUCACUCUGAAGGCCUCAGAUGGAUAAUGCUGUAGUGUUAACAGAAGAUUCGUUCUUUUCGUUACAUCACUAUGCUAAAAUUUUGUACAAUAGGUCCUGAUUGUUACUCCUGGUUAAGCAUCAGCAUACUCCUGAGGCCAUCGAUGUCUUAUUCUAGCCUCAAAAAAAAAAAAAAAAGCAUAGAAAAAUGCAGUACACAAAAUAAUAAUUCAAAAAGCAAAAACAAAACCUAGUGCACAUCAUCUGUUUAAAAAAACAAACAAAAAAAAAUUUCCAGAUUAAUUAUUUGUAGCUUUAAGCCAAUGGCACUUGAACACUUUUUAGCCAGUUGUUGAACUGAUGUGCGUGGUGGUCUGGGAAAACCUUUAGAAAAAUAACAACUAUUCCACAACAGUUUGAAAUUUACUUAUGGUUUAAUAUAAAAUAUAAAAAAUAUACUUAUGGUAUAUUUUUUAUAAAUAUAAAAUAGUAAAAUAUACUUAUGGUUAAGUUGUAUAAUAGAUUUAAAAAAAAACAAAAAAAAAAAACUCAAUUUUGGCCCAAACCAGAUUCUCUCUCUCUCUCUCUCUCUCUCUCUCUCUCUCUCUCUCUCUCUCUCUCUCUCUCUCUCUCUCUCUCUCUCUCUCUCUCUCUCAUUUUUUUUGGUUGUUUACAGAGCUCUACAGUAAGAUGAGAUGGGUUUUCUCAAACCACCGAGCGUAUAUAUGGCGCAUGAGCUGAUUUAAUCCUCAUAGUUGAUGAAGCUCUUCAGAUGAGUGAAGAGAUUUCUUUCACUUAGACUUUUUUUUUU